UAUCUCAGCACAAAGCUCAGAUGCUGACAGACUAAAGUUUCGUCGGCUUGUGUGUAUAAGGACAACUUCCCAUUACAGGAAUGAUGCGGAAUCAAAAAUAUUUUGGAAUUCUACACCUUGGAUUUUUUAUAUGGACGUCAUUUUGUAUUAAAGACUCGUUACAGGGGGAAUAUCAGCGGAAGCUGUAUAAGGAGUUGAUGGAGAGCUAUAACAGACUGGAAAGGCCUGUGCUCAAUGAUUCUGCACCUAUAGUGGUGGAGCUGGGACUCACACUGCUUCAGAUCAUAGACGUGGAAAAAAAAAAUCAGGUAUUAAUAACCAACGCCUGGCUACAGCUGGCAUGGACAGAUAUCUAUCUGAGCUGGAACCCUGAUAACUACCCUGGUGUUCAGACCCUGCGUUUUCCGUCCAAUCAGAUCUGGACACCAGAUAUUCUGCUGUACAACAGUGCUGAUGAGAGAUUUGAUGCCACCUUCCAUACAAACGUCCUGGUUAAUGCAUCAGGUGCUUGUCAGUACAUACCACCAGGUAUUCUAAAGAGUACAUGCUACAUUGAUGUGCGCUGGUUCCCAUUCGAUAUACAGAAAUGUGAGCUCAAGUUUGGCUCCUGGACUCAUAACGGCUGGCUGCUGGACCUGCAGAUGCAGGCAGUGGACAUCUCCACAUACAUCCCCAAUGGAGAAUGGGAUUUAGUGGGGGUCCCUGGGAAGCGUAAUGAGUUGUAUUAUGAGUGCUGUAAGGAGCCAUACCCUGACGUGACUUUUACAGUAACGAUGCGCAGGCGAACAUUGUAUUAUGGUCUGAACCUGCUCAUUCCCUGUGUGCUCAUCUCUGGCCUGGCUCUGCUCGUCUUCCUGCUGCCUGCAGAUUCUGGAGAAAAGAUAUCACUUGGUAUCACUGUCCUCUUGUCAUUAACGGUCUUCAUGCUGCUAGUGGCGGAGAUCAUGCCGGCCACCUCUGACUCAGUUCCUCUCAUAGCUCAGUACUUUGCCAGCACCAUGAUGAUUGUGGGUUUGUCGGUUGUUGUCACCGUCCUCAUUCUGCAGUUUCAUCAUCAUGAUCCACAAGGUGGAAAGAUGCCAAGAUGGGUACGUGUGAUUCUGCUCAACUGGUGCGCCUGGUUCUUGCGCAUGAAGAAGCCGGGUGAGGAACGCAAAGCCAGCUACCAAUAUGACCACUCUCCAGCACACCACGCCAGUGCCAGCAGCAUUCAGAUGGGAGUAAUGCCCGGUCAGCCGCCUUCUGCCAACUCCACCACCAAUGGUCACAUGAACCUGUACUUUGGCUUCCACUCCAUUGACAGCGCAUGCUGCCCUGCCAGCAGCGACUCUGGUGUGUCUUGCAGCGGUGGGAGAGUCGGCGGGUCACCAAACGAAGAACAGCGUGAGGCAGUAAGGAUGUUUGCAGGCGAACAGGAGAUCCAUCGCAUCCUAGUGGAAGUGAUGUACAUCGCUCAGCGGUUCCGUGACCAGGAUGAAGCCGAGGCCAUCUGCAGCGAGUGGAAAUUUGCGGCAGCAGUCGUGGAUCGGCUCUGCCUGGUGGCAUUUUCACUUUUCUCCAUCAUCUGCACCUUUACCAUUCUCAUGUCUGCGCCAAACUUCAUUGAGGCAGUCUCGAAAGACUUCACAUAAUUGGCAAAGCAUCACACUUUCUUUUGUUUUUAAAGAAACACCACGCGAUUGAGUGUGAGAAGUGUCUACCACCAAAGUCGAUUCCUUCCUCUUCUCAUCGUUCUGAGAUCAACAUGAACUAUUGUUACAAUAAUUCUGAUAAAAAUGAAAAAAAAAAAAAUUGACAAAGUUGUGUAUUUUUUAAAUGUGAUUUUUCGAACAAAAAUACAGACCCUUGGACAAGCUGUUCGGGUGAUAUUUUGUCUUUAUAUAAUGUAUGUGGAUUGAGCAAUUGAGGGCUGGUUUGUGUAAAGAUGUGUUCUCAGUGUGCAAACACUGUUAGUCACAACAGCUAAAAAUGUGUCUGUGAAGUUUAUAUGCUGAAAUUCAAACAUAAUCAGUCCCAUAAUCCCUUUGGAAGUCACACAGUUUCUUUUCAUUUCUUGGGUUUAGUAAUAUUUUUAUCAUUUAAUAUUAUUUUAGAAUUAAAAAUCAUCACCGAACUGACAUUUACUUACCAAAGCAACAAUAACACAUGUUGAUGGUAGAAUUAAUACGCUCUGAAACUCACUUUUAUCAUUCUGACAUCUUUUUAAAAAAAUAAAUAUUACAGUUAUUAGUAUAUUCAAAUCUCACUUGUGUCCACAUAAUCAGAGUGUUGUUAUUUUGUGACUUCAUUCU